AUGCUGAUCAAGUUUUUUUUGUCAAACAUACUAUUUAGUCCUCUAUUUAUUGGCAUGCAUUCAGACUGUAUAUUGAGCAGAAAAGGACAGAAUUCUUUGAUUUCAUCUUUAAUGAAGUGUCCAGUCCAGCUGGUCUGUACUAGAGUUCUCCCUGGUCCAGCACUAGUCAGAGCUGACUUGCUGGCUAGACACCUGGUUGCUACUAGUUUCAUCUCUUGUGGUCACUCAGGUGACUUGCUGGCUAGACACCUGGUUGCUACUAGUUUCAUCUCUUGUGGUCACUCAGGUGACUUGCUGGCUAGACACCUGGUUGCUACUAGUUUCAUCUCUUGUGGUCACUCAGGUGACUUGCUGGCUAGACACCUGGUUGCUACUAGUUUCAUCUCUUGUGGUCACUCAGGUGACUUGCUGGCUAGACACCUGGUUGCUACUAGUUUCAUCUCUUGUGGUCACUCAGGUGACUUGCUGGCUAGACACCUGGUUGCUACUAGUUUCAUCUCUUGUGGUCACUCAGGUGACUUGCUGGCUAGACACCUGGUUGCUACUAGUUUCAUCUCUUGUGGUCACUCAGGUGACUUGCUGGCUAGACACCUGGUUGCUACUAGUUUCAUCUCUUGUGGUCACUCAGGUGACUUGCUGGCUAGACACCUGGUUGCUACUAGUUUCAUCUCUUGUGGUCACUCAGGUGACUUGCUGGCUAGACACCUGGUUGCUACUAGUUUCAUCUCUUGUGGUCACUCAGGUGACUUGCUGGCUAGACACCUGGUUGCUACUAGUUUCAUCUCUUGUGGUCACUCAGGUGACUUGCUGGCUAGACACCUGGUUGCUACUAGUUUCAUCUCUUGUGGUCACUCAGGUGACUUGCUGGCUAGACACCUGGUUGCUACUAGUUUCAUCUCUUGUGGUCACUCAGGUGACUUGCUGGCUAGACACCUGGUUGCUACUAGUUUCAUCUCUUGUGGUCACUCAGGUGACUUGCUGGCUAGACACCUGGUUGCUACUAGUUUCAUCUCUUGUGGUCACUCAGGUGACUUGCUGGCUAGACACCUGGUUGCUACUAGUUUCAUCUCUUGUGGUCACUCAGGUGACUUGCUGGCUAGACACCUGGUUGCUACUAGUUUCAUCUCUUGUGGUCACUCAGGUGACUUGCUGGCUAGACACCUGGUUGCUACUAGUUUCAUCUCUUGUGGUCACUCAGGUGACUUGCUGGCUAGACACCUGGUUGCUACUAGUUUCAUCUCUUGUGGUCACUCAGGUGACUUGCUGGCUAGACACCUGGUUGCUACUAGUUUCAUCUCUUGUGGUCACUCAGGUGACUUGCUGGCUAGACACCUGGUUGCUACUAGUUUCCCCUCAUCUCUUGUGGUCACUCAGGUGACUUGCUGGCUAGACACCUGGUUGCUACUAGUUUCAUCUCUUGUGGUCACUCAGGUGACUUGCUGGCUAGACACCUGGUUGCUACUAGUUUCAUCUCUUGUGGUCACUCAGGUGACUUGCUGGCUAGACACCUGGUUGCUACUAGUUUCAUCUCUUGUGGUCACUCAGGUGACUUGCUGGCUAGACACCUGGUUGCUACUAGUUUCAUCUCUUGUGGUCACUCAGGUGACUUGCUGGCUAGACACCUGGUUGCUACUAGUUUCAUCUCUUGUGGUCACUCAGGUGACUUGCUGGCUAGACACCUGGUUGCUACUAGUUUCAUCUCUUGUGGUCACUCAGGUGACUUGCUGGCUAGACACCUGGUUGCUACUAGUUUCAUCUCUUGUGGUCACUCAGGUGACUUGCUGGCUAGACACCUGGUUGCUACUAGUUUCAUCUCUUGUGGUCACUCAGGUGACUUGCUGGCUAGACACCUGGUUGCUACUAGUUUCAUCUCUUGUGGUCACUCAGGUGACUUGCUGGCUAGACACCUGGUUGCUACUAGUUUCCCCUCAUCUCUUGUGGUCACUCAGGUGACUUGCUGGCUAGACACCUGGUUGCUACUAGUUUCAUCUCUUGUGGUCACUCAGGUGACUUGCUGGCUAGACACCUGGUUGCUACUAGUUUCCCCUCAUCUCUUGUGGUCACUCAGGUUGUGAUGGAUUAGUUAUCUCCCCGCCAUCUUGAGCCCUCCUGUGCCAGGAGCUGUAAGACUGAACCAAUGUGAGUGCAGGCAUCCAAGUCUAAACCUUGUAGCUAGCACAGCUGUAAGACUGAACCAAUGUGAGUGCAGGCAUCCAAGUCUAAACCUUGUAGCUAGCACAGCUGUAAGACUGAACCAAUGUGAGUGCAGGCAUCCAAGUCUAAACCUUGUAGCUAGCACAGCUGUAAGACUGAACCAAUGUGAGUGCAGGCAUCCAAGUCUAAACCUUGUAGCUAGCACAGCUGUAAGACUGAACCAAUGUGAGUGCAGGCAUCCAAGUCUAAACCUUGUAGCUAGCACAGCUGUAAGACUGAACCAAUGUGAGUGCAGGCAUCCAAGUCUAAACCUUGUAGCUAGCACAGCUGUAAGACUGAACCAAUGUGAGUGCAGGCAUCCCAGUCUAAACCUUGUAGCUAGCACAGCUGUAAGACUGAACCAAUGUGAGUGCAGGCAUCCAAGUCUAAACAUUGUAGCUAGCACAGCUGUAAGACUGAACCAAUGUGAGUGCAGGCAUCCAAGUCUAAACAUUGUAGCUAGCACAGCUCAGGCAGGUAGAAAGCUCUGUUUGCUUGCCAACACAUUAUUCAGAGGGGACCAUUAGGGGAGAGGUGCCAUGAUCAAAAGUAUUUAUUAAGUCCUAAUGCCUUUUUUCUCAUCAGUUUGACUCUGUACACAUGGAUUGCUACAUGAAGAGAAUUUAGAAUGAUUGUGGUAUCUUCCAGCCAUAUGUACCAAUUUUUUAGUGAAUUGAUUGAAAGCGAGUCAUGAGCUUAUUGUAAAUAGCAUGGCAUGUGACCUCUAUUCAUCUCAGGUCACAGUUUAUAUUCCUUUGUAUUUGUAUGUCAAGAUGAUUUGAACUUAAGCUCUCUGUAUGUUGUGUGUCAUGUAGCUUCUAAGCUCACCUCCUAUGUCCUGCAGCAUCUAACUGAACCUUGGUGGAACAGCCAACUGAGACAAAAACUUUCUGACAUCCAGCCCACUUCCCCUCCUCUCUGCAUUAUCUAGCUAGAGCCCCAUGGUUGCUUGAGUUUCCAUGCUUGGAGUUAGACAGUUUUGACAUUUUCAAUGUAUACCCUAAACAAGUUUCAGUUUUUCAUUUUUUUUUUAAAUACUUGUAUGUUAUAAUCUUCUAUGUAAAUAUGUGUUAAUAAACACACAAUUUUCCAGCUUUUUUCUUCAACAUUCUAGGCUGGGAAACCUGGCUCUAGACAAUCUAGGCUAGGAUACCUGGCUCUAGACAAUCUAGGCUAGGAAACCUGGCUCUAGACAAUCUAGGCUAGGAAACCUGGCUCUAGACAAUCUAGGCUAGGAAACCUGGCUCUAGACAAUCUAGGCUAGGAAACCUGGCUCUAGACAAUCUAGGCUAGGAAACCUGGCUCUAGACAAUCUAGGCUAGGAAACCUGGCUCUAGACAAUCUAGGCUAGGAAACCUGGCUCUAGACAAUCUAGGCUAGGAAACCUGGCUCUAGACAAUCUAGGCUAGGAAACCUGGCUCUAGACAAUCUAGGCUGGGAAACCUGGCUCUAGACAAUCUAGGCUGGGAAACCUGGCUCUAGACAAUCUAGGCUGGGAAACCUGGCUCUAGACAAUCUAGGCUGGGAAACCUGGCUCUAGACAAUCUAGGCUGGGAAACCUGGCUCUAGACAAUCUAGGCUAGGAAACCUGGCUCUAGACAAUCUAGGCUAGGAAACCUGGCUCUAGACAAUCUAGGCUAGGAAACCUGGCUCUAGACAAUCUAGGCUAGGAAACCUGGCUCUAGACAAUCUAGGCUAGGAAAGCUGGCAUCUAGUGUAGAGCUCUGCAUAUAGUAUAGCUCUUUGAGACUUUUCUAGUGAGAGAUUGGCUCUGUGAAAAUUCGAUGGCAAUGAUAGCCUGUGUGUGGGGAUGUACAAGUGUGUCCAAUGGCCAUUAGAUUCCUACACACUGUUGAUAGCUUGUAUUGGGGAAUGUAGAACUUAGUCGAAGUGUGUCGGAGGACCACUAGAUUCCUACACACUGUUGGGUCAUGUGCUGGGACCAGAUACAAAGCUGUGUAGCGCCGGCAUCAUUCCACUUUUUACUCUUUACAAGUGUAUUGUACAUAAUGUAAGACUAUAGCUAGAUUUUUAACACUGAAUGGUUGAUGCUUUUUGUUACCAAUGCAUUCCAAAUACAGAAUUAUUUGAACAAAGCUUUCAUUUGUUGAUUCAUAGAAUAAUUUUCUAGGUGUAGGAUGUUUUUAUUUCCAGUUAUAGGAUCAUUACAUUUAUACAGAUAGCUUUGAGUCCAUUUUCUAGUAACAUAUGUACCUAAGUACCAUAUACAAGUCUAUAUUUCCACAUGAAUAAAAUGUUUAUUCCAAUGAAA